AUGGAGUUCUCGGAGGAGGUGCUGAGGAAGCAGCUGGGCAAGUAUAAGUUCAGAGACCUGACCAUAGAAGAACUAAAGAAUGUUAACAAGACCUACCCAAACUUCACGUUCUCCAUGAACACAUACACCUUCAAGGAUGGAUCGCAGAAGGACCUCCUGAAUUUUAGUGGUACUGUUCCAGUGAAAUAUGGUAAUUCCUAUAACAUACCUAUUCAUCUGUGGAUUCUGGAUUCUCAUCCCUUUGCUCCGCCCAUUUGCUUCUUGAAGCCGACUGUGAACAUGGGCAUUUCAGUGGGAAAGCAUGUUGAUGCUCAUGGCAGGAUUUAUUUGCCCUACCUGCAAAACUGGAGCCAUCCUAAAUCAACUGUCAUUGGAUUAAUCAAGGAAAUGAUUGCGAAAUUUGAGGAAGAACUCCCUUUGUAUUCACUGUCGUCAUCUGAUGCAGCCAGGCAAUCGGAACUUCUCUCCUACAUUGCAAAGAUUACUGAAGGAGAGACUGACAUGAAAUCAAAGAGUAAAAUUGGUGGAGGCAAAAAUGAAGGAUGUUUUAACAAAAUUACUGUUGUUGGAGCUGGAGAUCUUGGCAUUGCAUGUGUGCUAGCAGUUGCAGCAAAGGGUGCUGCAGACAAGGUGGUUCUUUUGGAUCUUUCAGAAGGUACAGCAAAAGGAGGGACCAUGGACUUGGAGAUCUUUGCUCUACCAAAUGUGGAGAUCAGCAAAGAUUUUUCUGCUUCAGCUGAUUCCAAAGUUGUGGUACUUACAGUUAAUUCUCUGGGUAAUGCUCAGACUUAUCUUGAUGUCAUACAAAGCAAUGUGGAUUUGUUCAGAGGAAUUAUCCCAGCAAUAUCACACUACAGUCAGAACACUGUUCUCCUUGUUGCUUCUCAUCCAGUUGAAGUAAUGACAUAUGUGUCAUGGAAGCUGAGUGCGUUUCCCAAAAGCAGAGUUAUUGGAGUAGGUGCCAACCUAGAUACUGAGAGAUUUCAGUAUAUACUGACAAACCUUUUAAAAGCACAGGUGCUGGCAAAAGAUGCUUGGAUUAUUGGUGAACAAGGGGAAGACAAAGUACCAUCAUGGACCAGUUGUAAUUUAGUUGCAAAUCAAACGGAAGCAACGGCUGCUUGUAACUCAAGGGAAAAGGUGGCUAACAGAGCUAUGGAAGUUCUAAAGGGAAAAGGUCAGAGAUCUUGGUCUGUUGGGCUCUCAGUUGCUGAUUUGACUGACAGUAUACUGAAAGAUAAAAGAAAGGUUCAUUCUGUAUCCACUCUGGCAAAGGGAUGUUGCAAUAUAAACAGUGAAGUAUUCUUAAGUCUACCGUGUAUUCUUGGAACCAAUGGAGUGAUUGAAAUGGUCGAACUAGAAGAAGAUCCACUAGUGCAAGAGAAACUGCAAAGCAGUGCAGGAUCAGUUCAUGACCUUCAGCAGCAACUGAAACUGUAAGCAAGCACAAGGGAAGCCACAGUGUCUGCUCACAGAAGUCAGAUUUGCUAGGCAGAAAGGGUUGCUUGGUAUAUACUGAUUUCUGUAUAAAACAAGAAGGUUUUUUACUUUACUUUCAAAACUGCUUUCUCAGUUUUGGUUCAAAUUAUUUAAUACUGCACUGGACAGUAAUUUCUUAUUUGAAAAGUGCACUUUUGGUAGCCAAAAUGAGGAGGGUAAUGUGCAAGAAUGUUUUACCUAAGUUCAGGUGACUUUUGCCUGUGAUUUUUUUGUUGCUAAUUAUAGCCUGAUUCCUGGGUUAUUCUUAGCUCUUUGCACCUCAUUAGGACACAGUCUAGGAGAGCAGCUUACCCAGCUCUGCGGAAACUCCAGUGCGUAGAGCCAACUAGAACUCUUCCUCCUGCUUUAAGUGCUGCAUCAGGGGCUUGUCUAGAAUAUCGUCACACUCCAGCUCUUCAGGGCCCUGGGGGAUGCAGUUCGAUAGCUUGAUCCUUUAUGCCUGUCACAGAUGCUCUUACGUCAAUGGACUCCUGCUUAUUGCUAAGGGGGGAAAAAAGCUAAAAGCAUGGUGUUAGCAGUAUCCUUCAAACCCGAAGUAUUGGAUAUGGAUUUCUGUUGUGUGUUUAAUGAUGUCUGAGACUUCCUGGUCAUGACUUGUUUGCUCUUAUUUUGUAAGGAUGUUCAGAGCGCUAAAGCAUCCGCAGUUCUCUGUACAUACAUGCAACACUCGUACCCUGUGCAACAUUGGAACAGGUGCUCUUCCUGAAAGGGAGGAGCAGGGGUGGGCUUCAAAUAAAGAAUAAAAUCUGACAGUUAAGUAAUGCAGAAGUAUCUGCGAGUUCAGGCCUAGCUUUACAUCAGCCUGAGGAGAAUACAGCUACUUGAGAAGGCAACAGAACCUGUAACCCUCCUCGGGGGAGGCCAAGGAUGUGGUGAAAAAGCAGGAUGUGGAUUUUUAGAUAAAUCAAAAAGCAGAUGUUUUUAAGAUAAAGGGUUUUUCGGGGCUCUAACCUCUUGAUUCACUGCACUGGUAAAAGACUAUAUUCAUCCUGAUUAUACCUGAGCAUCACGAUGCAGGCAGAGGAGAUGUGGGCUCCACUCCCGCUGUGUGCAGCUUAGAAACGUCAUUCCACAUUUAUGUUUUGAGGUGUGACUGGUUAAAUAUUGAUGAAGCUUUCUUAGUAAAAGUAGGAUCUGUGUCAGAGCGAAAGAUCUAUUCCUUUGUGCCUUUCGGUUAUAUCUCACAAAGAGCCAGACUUACAAGGAAUUCUGAGUUUAUAUUGAUCUCAGAAUUAAGAUAAAAAUAGAAAGGGAAAAAACCUUCAGUCAUUUAGGUGGUUUUUUUUCAUGGAAUAUUCAAAUUUCCUUCUUUGUGGUGGUCAGUGAUAGGACAAAAUUAGUGAUGGCUACAGGUGACCAACUUUGCUGCUAUAUUAAAAAAAAGCACCCAACACAAUGGCUGGACUUUGGGGGUUGGUUUUUUUUUUUUCCUCUUGCUUUAGAAAAAACAGCAUAAAAUUAUGGUUUUACAUUGUUCUUCAAGGUGUUGCAUUUAAUCUGUUGAGCAUUUAUUCUCAUGUGAAUAGUUGAGGUGUUUUAUUUGGGGUUUUUUUAUUAAUAGUUUUAAUCAUAAAAAGCUGCACACUCUUCCAGGGAUGUUUUUUAGAUUGAUGCUUAUGUUAUAAAAUAACUAAUCUUGGCUCAUCACUCAUCACGUAUUCCUUGAAAAAUAACCAAAGGACUGCAGUUCAGUCACUGUGGUGGGCAAUGGCACUUUCAUGGCAAAUUAAUUCCCAGAAAUACUUUUUAACAAUAAACUGCACUAC